UGGACCUUGGUGAAAAAAAACGACAUCACCGGCCGCGCUGAGAGGAGUUAACUUUGACGUACCAGGAACGAGCGACCCAUCGAUUACUGCCAUGCGGUAUCUGCGCCAUUCCCCAUCCAAGUCUCCUUGGUUAAAGUGUUUAUUAUUGAUUUGACUCGUGCGCACUUUCGCCUGCCACGGCAGCUGCACCUCAGGCCUCUUUUUGUAUACAUUGCGUUUCCUCCACAACUCCAAAGGUACCUGGGUCUUCUUCUUCCUUAUGCUACCGAACGCUCCUUUACUAUUUCUUUCGUACGAUCCUUUGCUCCAUGUACUUGCGUUCGUGUCUUGACCUUCGAUCUAUUCCGUCUAUCCACCCUUCUUGACGCCACUAACCCCCACUAUCCUUCAUCCAACUCGUCCACACUGUACGAACCCUUGGGCGCGAGACGUUUUCUUUGGCUGUUGACCCGGAGGAGCAUAUCCUGAGACCAUUCGCCGAACGUCCAUGUGCGGCGGAAGUCGCCGUGUACUCAUUUGUGCGUGACCCAACGACUGGCGACGUGGGCGCUCGAAUCGAGAGAACAGAACAGCGACCGAACGUCCAACCACGGACACUCCAUCCGCCGGUCCAUCCAGCACAUUAUUUGGGGCAGGCGGCAAUCCGAAACCAUUUUCGCACUUUUGUUGUCGAUUCUUGGGAGUCUUCACGCAGCUAUAGAGGUGGCGUCGAAUCUUUUCUUUCCAAUAUCAUAGUUCUCUCUGUCUGUGAGGACUCGACCCCCACGAGACUCCGGUACACAGUCUUCUGCCGAUAUCACGAUAUCGACCUCCUGCCUCUUUCCGCCUUGUAUUGGUUGUAUGAGGGAACGAAGCCAGGGCAGGGGGAAAGGAGAGGCAUCCGUGGUCAAGGAGGAGGUUGUCCUUCCAGGUCCAUCAUAUCACAUCAGAGCAUACGACUUUCGGAAGGCGCAAGACUGUUUCUGUCAACCUGGCGUCGACAGCCGAGUCCGCUCUCCUUAAAUGGACGGCAGCGACCGUCGGCGCACCCAGUAUGGACCACCAUACCAGUCACAAGCGCCAUCGCGCCCACUCCCAGGAGAAACCAUGGGUCCACCCUCUGCGGACAGGUUUGCGCAGCCAGCAACGCCAGCGAGAACGGAUAUCGGCCGAUCUUCAAUGACGCGACCGUAUCUUUCUGGCUACGCGGGCUACGGAUAUCAAGACCCGCAGUAUGGCAGCUCCCAUUUGCAGAGCAGCAGCCCGAUGCAAGGGGUUGAGAUGCAAUACUCGCCUGCAUACAUGUCGCAGGCCUCCAGACAGCAACAGAUCCAAGCCUCUCCCUCUCAACAACCGCACCAGCCGUUUGCGCAGUACGCUCCUUCCUCCAUGCUUCCGCCCGUUGGACCACAGGCGCUCUACGAAAGCAUCCCAUUCCAACAGCGACAGACGGCAAUCGAGGUGAUGACCAGUCAAUUUGCGAUGCCCCAAUACAUGCAGCAGAGCGAGCAUGCAGGAGCGACCCUCGGUUCCGGUCCCGCGCAGUACUUGACUUCUCAAGCAGAACAGAGCAGCUAUGGACAUGUGGCUGCGACUCGACCCUCGAUACCUCAGUCUUACGCCGCGGGGCAUGUCGACUUCCCCGUCAUGGAACAACAAGAGACAGAAGCACCGGCUGUGCUGAGCGGCGUCCAAGCAGCCCUCGAAGAGGGCCUGAGAGACUACCACCAGCAGCUCAGAGCAACUUUCGACGCGAUCAUUGCGGGCAGGGUAACAGCCGCCAGCGAGAAACUGCUCGCGCUCACACGGUGGCUAGUCAGCUCGGUUACUGCUUUGGGUCUGCACCAUGAUGACGAGACGAGACAUGCGGAGCGCGUCGACUUCUGGCGAGAGCUGAACUUAUGCUGGGAGGCCCUGGGACAAAAGCAGAAAGAAAUCACAGAAGAAGCCCUGAGAACCAAGAGACAGCCCGCGGAUCUCCUCUCCGCCAACACCAUGACAAGUUUGAUGAACGACUUGGUGAGCAUGUGCGAUCAACUCGAACAAUACGGCCUCGUCGACUUCGAAAUGGGGAUUUGGGAAGAGCAGAUCGUACAUAUCUUCUCCGUCUGCCUCAACCUGCUGCCUCGAGGCGGACUCAAACGACGAGGCAGUCAGAGCCCCGGUUAAAGCAAAGCCCCAUCUCACCACCCUGAUUUCUACAGCCACGACUCUACGACACAUUACGAAUCGGAGACCCUUUUCCUUUGUGAGCAACGGCUUUUCAUUCCCUGAUGAAUUAUACCUCGUUCUUUUACUUUCAUGAUACAUGAAUUUGUACGACCAGGACGCUUUUCGACUUUGCAUGAUGUACGACUAUGAUUUGUGAGAACCGGUAAUCCUGGCUCACAGCAAAAAGCAUUCUGAGGGGGGGAAGUGCGAAAAUAGGCAGGCGGACUUUUACUUUUUGUUGGCCCUUAACGAUCUUGUUUGCAUGGCUCGAUGCAUGUAAAGGAGGAAUCUUCUGUACAAUAGCUGCCGUCGUGUCGGUCGGUACCUUUUCGGGCUUUCGCAGCCAUGUUCCUUCGGGGGAAGAAGGAAUGGCGGAUUCUGAAGCAUUGCAAGGUUCCUCACUGUGGUUGGAGGCAGUUCCCUGUGUUUUGUUUCCCAAUCAUAGGUGGCACCGAGUGGUGCGAUCGAGUGACGGUCCAGCCACCAGGGACCAGUAUAUCAAUCCUCACUUGAAGCAAGGCCUCGCGCGCUCUCUCUUGCCAUGACCUUCAGUAACAUCGGUAGCUAGCCCUGUACGUCUAGCCUCACUUUGCCAGGAUAAGUUGUG